AUGCUUGAUCUACCCAAUCAGGAUAUGGCUUCGUCUAUCCCGAUUCAAGUAUUUUUCAAGGCAGGGAGAUUUUAUUGUGAAAUUGAAAAGAUAAAAAGUGAGCAACUGUUGCAACGUGAGAAUGACGAGGAAAGGAAUGGACAAGCUGCCGAUGAGUCCGAGGACGAGGAUGAGGAAGAGGAUGUAGAUUUCAAUCCUUUCCUGAGAGAAACUCAUUCUGUAGAAGCUUCUUCAAGCUUGAGUUCUGAAGUUGAAGGCUUGGAUGUGGAUGUUGCUGAUAGUGGGGAAAACACUUCUGCAGCCUCCCUUAAAAAUUCUGAGGCAAAGCAUGCAAACCCUGUGCAGAACUAUCCUAUUGGGGAUACUGAGUAUGGCGAAGAGAUUGUGAUGCAAACUAUUGUUUCCUCUGGAGAAGCAUUGGCAAAAAAGUCAGACAUAACUUCUACAGUUACUGAGAGAGAACUGGCUUUGAUUUCUCAAUCUGAUAAUGGAUUUCCAUGUGAUAAGAAGAAUGAAUCAAGCAGCAGGGCAGAUGCUAGCAAUGCUGCAGAUUCUGGGAAGCUCAUUACGGAUGUGGACCCUGAGGAUGCCAUCUGUAUGCGAACUAGGGCUCGCUAUUCUCUUGCCAGCUUUACACUUGAUGAACUCGAGACUUUUCUUCAAGAAACAGAUGAUGAGGAUGAACUUCAAAAUGUUGACGAUGAAAGAGAAUAUAGGAAAUUUCUUGCAGCUGUUUUACAAGGUGUAGAUGAUUCCCAGAAUUUAAAAGGGAUUGAAAAUGUUGAUGAUGAAGAUGAAGAAAAUGAUGCUGAUUUUGACCUUGAACUUGAAGAGGCAUUGGAAAGUGACCCUGAUGAGAUUGAAGAGCGAUCAAACACUAGGCUAAAUAGACGUCAAAAGGCUUCUCUUGAACAUAGCAAGGUGUCAGGACAGUCGAAUAGACCAUUACGGCCCUUAUUACCAUUUUCAUCAGUUGGAUCUUUUCCUACUUAUGAUGGGAAACACCUGCUGCCCAACAUUUCUCCACCCUAUAUGCCUCCUGUAAAUAAUGGUCUGGUGAAUGGAUUCACUCCGCAUCAGAUAGGACAGUUGCAUUGUCUGAUACAUGAGCAUGUGCAGCUUCUUAUUCAAAUUUUUUCUAUUUGUGUUCUAGAACCUGCAAAAGGCCACAUCGCUACAGAACUUCAAAAAUUGAUUUUAGAGAUGCUUCAAAAACGUGAUGAAGUAUUGUCAUGGAGAAGGAUACCAUAUCCCAGUUUUUGCUUCUUCUUUCCAUAUAUUCAUCCAUCAUUGCCAGAUGAGCUUCCCAAGAAUUUGCCACCAGAGUGCAACAAUGAAAUUUCUGAUACUUGUGAUGUCCAACAAGACCGGCUUUCUGCUAGUAACACAGCUUUGCAUUCUGAUACAAAUUCCCUGUCUGAUGGGAGAUAUAAGGUUCCUCCCAGUGAGCAGGUAGUUUGUUUUCAAACUCAGGAAUGCACCUCUUGGGUCCCUUGUAUUAGUGGUCUGGUGCUGUCUAUUCUAGAUGUCGCUCCACUCCGUUUAGUUGGAAACUAUAUAAAUGAUGUUUCUUCUGCUGCCCGAGCAUAUGAGCGAUGUCAAAUUGGAGUAGGUUUUGAUACUCACUUCGAAAGGGAACCCUUGUUUCCUCUCUGUAAGUUUCCCAGUUCUUCUGAACCUGAUGGUCAGGGUUUGAUUCUUUCUUCGCCAGCCAGCAAAAAAAAGCCCAAGAAAACAAUGUCUGCAACACUAAUUGAGAAGGCGAAAAAUCAAUCUGUUGCUCUUGUUCCCAAGGAAAUUGCUAAAUUAGCCCAGAGGUUUUGUCCAUUGUUUAAUCCAGCCCUUUAUCCUCAUAAGCCACCUCCUGCAGCUCUUACAAGUCGUGUGCUGUUCACUGAUUCAGAAGAUGAGUUAUUAGCUCUGGGAUUGAUGGAAUAUAACUCUGACUGGAAGGCUAUUCAGCAGCGAUUUCUUCCUUGCAAAUCUAAGCACCAGAUAUUUAUUAGGCAGAAGAAUCGUGUGUCAUCAAAAGCGCCAGAAAAUCCAAUAAAGGCUGUACGGAGGAUUAAAAACUCCCCCUUGACUUCUGAGGAGAUAGCACGUAUUGAAAUGGGAUUAAAGAAAUUUAAACUCGACUGGAUAUCCAUAUGGAGAUUUUUGGUUCCUUAUAGAGAUCCAUCCUUGCUUCCACGACAGUGGCGAAUUGCUUUCGGUACACAGAAGUCAUAUAAGUCCGAUGCAAAGAAGAAAGCUAAGCGGCGUUUAUAUGAAUCAAAAAGAAGAGCUAGUAAGCCUCCUGUUUCCAUUCAGCAUUCGUCAUCUGAAAAAGAGGGCGGUAGCACUGAUAAUGCCAUUGAAGAAGGUAACAAAGCAGAUAAUUGCAUGGAUUGGGAAGAUGAAGCUUAUGUUCAUGAGGCAUUUCUGGCCGAUUGGAGGCCUGAUAACUCUAACAUCUCUUCGAAAUGUCCUACUCGCGUACCCUCACUGGAGGGUUCUCAAGUCAGAGAAGAGAUGGAUAAUUCUGGUGGUGGAGACAUCAAUACCCAAAGUUGUACCAGGUCUUCGUCUGCUUCAAGGUUCUCUGUCUCCCAAGUAGUUUUGCGACCUUACAGAGCUCGUAGAGCGAAUAAUGCACGCUUGGUGAAAUUAGCUCCUGAUUUGCCUCCUCUAAAUCUUCCACCUUCUGUUCGGAUAAUGUCACAGUCAGCUUUCAAAUGCUCCCAGGGAGGUGGAUCAACGAAGAUUUCUUGCACUGAUUCUGGUAUUGGUGUUACUGUGGCAGAAAACACAGCUCUGCAAGUUGUGUGUGCCACAAAGUCAGGAGUUGAUUCUACAGUGGAACCUGGGCAUAUUAGGAGUGUUUCAAUGAAAAAUACAAUUAGUAAUCAACAUCAAAUUUUAGAGAGCUUAAAGAAUAAAUGUUCAACAGAAGAGAGAGGUGAUCCAGAUCUGCAGAUGCAUCCUUUAUUGUUCCAGGCACCCAAAGACGGUGCCUUACAGUAUUAUCCAUUGAAUUCCAGUACUAGCACAUUCAAUUCUUUCAGUUUAUUUUCUGGAAAUCAACCGCAGCUGAAUCUUGGUCUUUUUCAUAAUCCCCGUCAUAUAAGAGACGCUGUGAAUUUUCUUUCUAAGUCAUCCAAGCCUCUGGAAAAUAAAUCAUCAUCAUCAGGCAUGGACUUUCAUCCACUUCUGCGAAGAGCUAAUGAUGUGGAUUCUGAUAUGUUAGAUGCACAUUCUGCGGCCAAACUGCCUUCUAAUGCAGAUUCAAGGCAAAAAGAUGGUAGUUUAAGUGCCUCCUGUAGUAAACUCCCCUGCCCUAGUGGAAAAGCUAUUGGACUUGACUUGGACAUUCACCUGAAUUUCACAUCCAGGAACAAUAAAUCUAUUGAAAACAGAAAUAUGACCGAAAAUUGUAUAGACAAAUUAGUAAAUGCUGCAGAUUCUGGAAGCAUAGAAUCUGAAAGUGCGAAAGACUCUAGCAAGCAGAGGGAUCCUACUCCAGAGGGAAUCAGUGACAAGCUGGAUUCAGGUGACCAUGUGUUGGAUACUCUUAGAAAUGAAAGAAGUGAAAAAAUUGUUGAUGACAUGGGUGAGGAGUCCCUCCCAGAAAUUGUGAUGGAGCAUGAAGAAUUGAGUGACUCUGAGGACGAAUUUGGGGAAAAUGUAGAAUUUGAGCACGAAGAAAUGACAGACUCGGAAGGCGGCGAUACAUCUGACUCUGGACAGUUUGUUGACAUACCAAAUGAGGAAGUACAUCAAGACAUAACAGAUGCGGAUGCAGAUUCCGAUGAUCAAAACUUACUAAAUACCAAUGGUGAUCCUGGAGGCAGUAUAUGUAGACGCUUAGAUGGAGGCUCAACUGAAUUAGGGUUGGCUGAAAGGAGGGCUAAUAUUGAGUCAAGUGCUUUACAUUUAAAUUUGAAUUCCUGGCCUCCAGUUUCUCCCAUUGCAGAUCCCAAGAAAGCUAAAACAAUGUAUAAUUUUGGACCAUUUGGUGAAAAUCAAGUUCCUGCUUCCAAAAGAUAUGUCAAGCUGGAGAUAAGUCAGACCGGUGCAGAGAAGCUCUCGAAGGACGUGCAGCAUCAGAGCAUGGAUUCUGAUAAUGACCCUGCGCUGAGAAAGCCCAGCAAACGUGUGUGCCGAACUGAUUCUAGUGCUGGCUCAGAAAAGGGAACUUCAAUCGUCAAUAUUGAUAGGAGUGUAGAGAACCCAAAGAAUGGGACUGUAGAUGAAUUUGGUUGA